GCGCCACUCGUCGAUGCGGCGCACCCUCCAAUGCCUCGCAGGCAAUCGUGCGACCGUUGCCAUCAGCAAAAGGUCCGAUGCGUUACCGAAGCGGCGGACGGCGCCUCGGGCCGUGAAGGGACCACGGAAGCAAACAAUUCAAACACAGCUGAGCAUAUGAGCGCAGAGACUCCAUGCGUGCGGUGUAAGAAUGCCGGCGCCGUCUGCAUAUACAGCCUGGGAACUGGGUUGGCGAACCAGGGGCAUCUCCCUCUUCGCGAGUCUUACCACGAGGCCGCCCCCCAAACGGUCCCUUUGCUCUCCCCCGUGGCUACUCCCACAACUUGCGAGUCCUGGAGCCAACACGAGCUCGGUCUGGAUGGGCCAUUGACUCCGGAGUCGUGGUUCCUAUCGCCGUUCAGUCAGAGUGCCAGCCAGGCUAUGACCGACAUGGCCCAUCUCACCUCGUUCUCGGACGCCGCCACCGCCACCUCUAUCCCUUGUGUGCCCCUAUUCGAGGGGCCCAUCCCUGACAGGGCUUCGGAGACGGAAAACGCCUUGGGAAUAUAUUCAUGGCUCUAUUCCAACCCGGUCGACUACACCUUCCAGGAAAUAGCCCAGAUCACUCAGCGCAUCCACGCUGCAGCCCUGCGCAUAACAUCGCCAGCCACGACGUCGGUCCCGCUGUCAUCACCAGCAGUCAGCGACAUCCUCGAUGCCGCCAACACUCUCGUCUACCUUGUACACGCCUACGCCUCCAAACAGCCAACCCUCCCCUCGCAAGCACCCUUAGACAGCAGCAGGACAAUUCCCAGACCCGAACCGGCAGAAGGCCCCCCCGUAUCACCACCAACCCACAACACCAACCCACCGGACCACUGCAUCAGCAGUUGCGUUCCCUCCUCCCCAGCAACCGCCAUCGACGACGCGCUCGACGCCUCGAUCCGUCUCACCAUCCACGCAGCCCACCAGGCCCUGCUCGGCGUGUUCGACGCGCUGUCCGCCUCCUGCCUGCUCUACCUAACAGCGGGCCCGCAGCAGCAGCAGCAGCACCAGCACCAGCAAACCAACCCCCACGCAGCGCCACCACAAACCGGCUGCCCGUCCGUGCCGCCAUCGCUCUCGCAGAUCGCGGCGACGACAAACCUGCUGCGCUCCCUGCUCGACCAGCUGGACCGCGUUGUCCUGGCGCUGGGUAAUGCAGGGCCGGCUCAGGCGCAGCAGCAG